AUGGCUUCAAGUUCUGAAUUUGAUGCUGAGACUCCACUAUAUGUUCUGGCAGUACCCUUUGGUCCCACAUCAGUCCACGUCAUAUGGGGUACAAUACAGCCACUAAAGAGGACACUGGGCUACAGGAUCUACUACCGAGGACCCACCAAUGGUAGCGUGGAUAUAGAGGAUCCUAAUGUCAAUAACUGGGUGAUCACUGGACUGAAGAACAAUGGAACAUACAGGGUUUUCGUAGCGGGAAAGUCGAAUCAUCUGCCCAGUGAACGACAGGAGUCUAAUCUAGUCCAUUUAGUUCCAGGAGAGCCGGAGCUACAGCUCUACUCAGCCACUCCAGACACUGUCUCCUUCUCCUGGAGACUCCCUCCUGGCUCAGCCGUGGACUCAUUCCAAGUCCAGUGGGACCGAAACCACUCCCAGUUUGCCACGUUCCGCGACACUCUCUCAAACUCCACCCACAACUACACCGUGACUGGGUUGAAGGACUAUGAUAAUGCCAUGUAUACUAUCACCGUCACUGCCUUUAAUGCUGUUGGGAGUAGCACCAGUUCCAACAUGAACUUUGUGGCAAACUUUGUCAAUGGCGAUGCUGGUGGGAGUGAGGUACCAGAGAACAGUAUGGGUGAAUCUGAGGGACCUCACGAGGGGCUAAUUGCAGGGGUCGUGGUGGCUGGUAUUGUGAUUAUUGCCAUA